CAAAGGACAAAAUUUGAAAAACGCUCGAAGCUCGAAUGCUUGUUGUCGUAGGUUGUUCAUUGUUUGAAGAAUUCAAAUUUCUUUUUUUUUUGUAAAAUUUUAAACGUAAUUUCAUUCUUCCAUUCGAGCAACUAGUUUCAUUAACGUGCGUUGAGUCAAGUUGUUCAUCAGUUGUAAUUUCAGUUCAGUUUUGUGUUGAAGAAACAGUCUCAAUUUCUACAGCGUCGACUGACACUCGAUCGAGAUCAAUGCAGAAUAUUGGGAGUAACUUUACAUAGAUGGUUUGCUCGAAUUGUGAGAAAAAACUCGGCCGUGUUAUCACCCCAGAUCCUUGGAAAGCUGGAGCACGCAACACAGUUGAAAGCGGCGGACGAAAAGUAGCUGAAAAUAAAGCUUUGACAGCGAAGAAUGCUCGAUUCAAUCCAUUGACUGCCACAUUUCAGCAAUGCCGAAUUUGUCGAACCAAAGUUCAUCAAGUUGGCUCGUAUUAUUGUCAAGCUUGCGCGUACAAGAAAGGAAUUUGCGCUAUGUGUGGUAAAAAAUUAAUCGACACUAAAAACUACAGACAAUCAUCGACGUGA